UCAGAUUACGCAAUACUUCACACCUUCAUAUGGAGGACGACGACGGCUUCCACGGGGACCACCUUCUGACCCCAACCUCCAGUUUCUCUCAGCUUCUUUUCGGACAUGGCGAUGUGGACCACCUCCCCCAUCAUCAUCACUCUCUUUUCUCGAUUGGCAACGGCAGCCCCCCCAAAAUGCUCUGUUUCGAGGGCUAUCGAAACAGUCAUGGCGACCUCUUGGUUUCUGAACCCAACGCUGUUACCCCACAGAAAUCUGUCAUCACUUCUAGCGAAUCGUCCUCUGCUUCUUCCUCCUGCAACCAUAAGUCUAAUAAAAAACGUGGUGGGUCGGCACAGGAAAUGGGUUGCUGCACUGAUUCCGGCGCCACGGCGGCUGGUGGCGGUGGCCGGAGACAUUCGAAGAAAGCCAGAGCGGAGAACCCCACUUCAACAGGACAUGCAAAGAGGAAGGAGAAACUUGGGGAGCGAAUCGCAGCGUUACAACAGCUCGUUUCUCCAUUUGGGAAGACAGAUACAGCUUCGGUGCUUCACGAGGCAAUGGGAUACAUAAGGUUUCUCCACGACCAAGUUCAGGUCCUCUGCUCGCCUUACUUGCAGGCACCUCCUCCUUCGCCUCAUCCCCGCCACCACCGUACGGGAGAUGGGGUUAACAUGAACAAGAGACAGGAAGGCAAAGGAGAGUUGAGUAGCAGAGGACUAUGUCUGAUCCCAGUGGAAUCCACCGUACACGUGGCCAGCAGUAAUGGUGCUGAUUUCUGGUCACCUGCGAUGGGGAUUAACGUUUCCUCAUCAACAUAA